CACAGCCACCUCCAGUUCCCAUGCGAACGUUCUGUCGGACACUGGCUUCCCCCAGAAUGCUGCCACGGCUUCCUAUCCCUAAGCUGGAAAUGACUGUAAAACGAUAUCUCGAAUCAAUCGAACCCCUUCUACCUUCGCACACAUCCCGUUCUGGAGAAAGUGUAGAUGAAGCGCGCAGGAUACGCCAGAAGUACGCGGAGGAGUUUCUUAUGCCUGGUGGGCUUGGCCGACGGCUUCAACAGCGACUAGUAGAUUUGGACCGUGCGUCUCCGAAUAAUUGGUUGGAUGAUACAAUUUGGAUGAGAGUGGCCUAUCUUGAAUCCCGAGAACCUCUUAUGAUCAACUCAAAUUGGUGGCUUACGCUCGAAAACGAUCUCACUGUCCCAGAAAAGAUACGCAACGGCACGCUUGUUGACACUCAGCUUUGCCGUCGAUGGCAGAUCCGGAGGGCUGCUUGGCUUGUCAAGAGAUUCCUGGAUUACCGUGGUUUUUUACUGGUGAAUAAAAUCCCUUCUUUGGGAGCUCAUUCAGGAGUUUGGUUUCGCGAGUCUGCUCUUCGCUUAUACGGUACUACGAGGAUACCGAAGCCAGGCUGUGACUCUGUUGUGCUGCCAGGAUGCCAACCUGGAUCGUCAUACAUUCAUGUGAUGUUUCAUGAUUGGUCGUACGAACUCCAGGUGACCGACUUGGUUGGUGGGCAGGUACCUGCAAGGGAAGUUGAGGCUGGCCUUCUGGGGAUUGUGGAUGACGUUCUGAGACGGGAGCGAGACGGGGAGUCACCCAUACUCGUUGGAGUAUUAACCGCAGAUGCUCGGGAUCUUUGGGCAACGAAUCGCGAACAUCUUAUUUCUAUCCAUGAACAAAAUUGGGGCACUAUGGGGCGUAUAGAAAGUUCAUUAUUCACCCUCUGCUUAGAUGACCACACUCUUCCACCUGUUCAGCCAACAAUGGGGGGCGUGCUGGACGGAUCUCACGUGUCGGGACACAUAAGAAACACCGCAUCGGGGUUGUCCGGCAACAACAGGUGGUUUGACAAAUCCCUAUCAUUGAUCCUGGAAUCAAAUACUAGAUUUGGAGUGAUGGGAGAGCACUCGCCACUCGAUGCACUGAUUCCAAGCACCAUUACAGAUUGGGCUCUGGAAGCACCCAUCGACAUUGGCGAAUUUGCCUCGGACUCGUGGUAUCCAUCUCGGCACGAGCCUGGAGGCUGGAAGCAAUUAAACUGGAAAGUUGAUCAACGUGUUCUGGAUCAGUGCAGUGCUGCACAAACACGGGCUGAAUCACUUAUCAGUGGUUCUGAUGCUCGCGAGCUCUGGUUCAAAGAUUAUGGCGCAAAAUGGAUCAGAGAAGCAUCUUUGUCCCCCGAUGCCUACAUCCAGGCCGCCCUGCAGCUAACCUACUUCAGGUUGCACGGUAGCUUGACGGCGACGUAUGAAACAGCUUCGACGCGGCUUUUUCGGCACGGCAGAACGGAAACGAUUCGUUCAUUGACCACGGAAAUGGCGAAGUUCAUAUGCGCAAUGACCACAGAGACACCUUACCCCGAGCGCUAUCAACGCUUGCGGUCUGCAUUAGCAUUCCACCAUCGUGUUACACGUAUGGCUGCAACUGGUCAUGGUAUCGAUCGCCACUUACUAGGAUUGCGCCUUCAAAUGCGUCCUGGGGAAAGUAGCGACCUUUUUGAUGAUGAACUGUUUCGCUUGAGCCAGGACUGGAAGCUAUCAACUAGUGGUCUUAGUGCUGGUGACCGAUUCACGGCUACAGGGUUCGGUGCCGCUGUGAAGGAUGGUUAUGGAAUAAAUUACCUCACUGGGGAAAAUAUGUUGAAGUUCGGAAUUGAGUCAAAGCGAACCUCCACGGUGGCAUCCACGGGCACAUUUUGCCAGGGUUUGGUGGAGAGUCUGAACGAUAUGAAGGAUACGUGCGUUCGUGGAUCAAUAAUUUACGACCCGAAACUAUGAUGGUACGGAUGCCCGACGGGCUUGGGUUAAGGAGCACCUUGGACGAUAGUGUAUAAUGAUAGAAUAAAUAGUAGAUUGUUAAGGGGGUGUCAUGACUGUUGACGAAUGCUGUCUGCAAUUUUGCGUAAUCUAUCUCGUUCUUCCUCGA